AUGAUUAACAAGCACUUCCUUGAAAUUGCAUUGGUGCUUCUGGCCUAUUAUUCCACCCUCUCCUCUCUUGAGCUGAAACUGGUUCUCUUCCAGCAAAGAAGAGUGAGCAGAGAAAGUUUCAAACUUUUGAAUCAUUUGCAAACCUCAUCAGUCCAGCAGUGUCUACCACAUAGGAAAAACUUCCUGCUUCCCCCGAAGGCUGUAAGUCCCGACCAGCACGGGAAAGGAUAUGCACUGACCAUUCUUCAUGAAACCCUUCAGCAGAUCUUCAACCUCUUUGGGUCAAAUAUUUCUCUGGGUGGUUGGGAGGAAAGUCGGAUGAAGAAGCUCCUUAUUGAACUUCAUCAACAACUAGAAUACCUAGAAACGUUCAUGGAACUGCAAGCAGAUCAGAAAAGUGACACCGUAGGUAGUGACAACCUUAGGUUACAGGCUAAAAUGUACUUCCAAAGGAUUCGUGAUUACCUGGAAAACCAGGAAUACAGCAGCUGUGCCUGGACUGUUGUCCAUGUGGAAAUCAACCGGUGUUUAUUCUUUGUGUUCCGACUCACAGGAAAGCCAAGCAAACAAGAAAUGGACCCUUGA